CCCGGGCCCCGGCGGGGCGGGCGGAGCGGGGCGGGAGCAGCGGAGCGGCCGCGGACGAGCGGCCCCGGGGCCGCCAUGGAGGACGGAGUUUACGACCUGUCCCCGGAGGAGAGGCGGGAGCUGGAGUCCAUCCGGCGCCGCAAGCAGGAGCUGCUGGGGGAGAUCCAGCGCCUGCGGGACGAGCUCAGCGAGGCCAUCAGCGAGGUCGAGGGGCUCGAGGCCAACGAGGGCAGCAAGACGCUGCAGCGGAACCGCAAGAUGGGGAUGGGCCGCAAGAAAUUCAACAUGGACCCAAAAAAGGGGAUCCAGUUCCUGGUGGAGCAGGAGCUGCUGCGGCACACGGCCGAGGACAUCGCGCGCUUCCUCUACAAGGGGGAGGGGCUGAACAAAACCGCCAUCGGCGAUUACCUGGGCGAAAGGGAGGAGUUUAACCUGGGCGUGCUCCACGCCUUCGUGGACCUGCACGAGUUCACCGACCUCAACCUGGUGCAGGCGCUCAGGCAGUUCCUGUGGAGUUUCCGGCUGCCGGGGGAGGCGCAGAAAAUCGAUCGGAUGAUGGAGGCGUUCGCGCAGCGCUACUGCCUCUGCAACCCCGGCGUCUUCACCUGCACAGACACGUGCUACGUGCUGUCCUUCGCGGUGAUCAUGCUCAACACGAGCCUGCACAACCCCAACGUGCGCGACAAGCCCUCGGCCGAGCGCUUCGUGGCCAUGAACCGCGGCAUCAACGACGGCGGCGACCUGCCCGAGGAGCUGCUCAGGAACCUGUACGAGAGCAUCCGCUCGGAGCCCUUCAAGAUCCCCGAGGACGACGGCAACGACCUCACGCACACCUUCUUCAACCCCGACCGCGAGGGCUGGCUGCUCAAGCUGGGAGGCGGGCGGGUGAAGACGUGGAAGCGCCGUUGGUUCAUCCUGACCGACAACUGCCUCUACUACUUCGAGUACACCACGGACAAGGAGCCGCGGGGGAUCAUCCCCCUGGAGAACCUGAGCAUCCGCGAGGUCGAGGAUCCGCGCAAACCGCACUGCUUCGAGCUCUACAUCCCCAACAACAAGGGCCAGCUGAUCAAGGCCUGCAAGACGGAGGCGGACGGGCGGGUGGUGGAGGGGAACCACGUGGUGUACCGCAUCUCCGCCCCCACCCGCGAGCAGAAGGACGAGUGGAUCAAAUCCAUCCAGGCAGCGGUGAGCGUGGAUCCUUUCUACGAGAUGCUGGCGGCGCGGAAAAAGCGAAUUUCCGUCAAGAAAAAGCCGGAAAAUCCCUAAAAAAAAAAUCCCAAAAAAAUCCUCAAAAAAUCCCAAAAAAUUCCCCAAAAUUCCCAGAGGGGGCGGGACCCCCGGAAUUCCCACCUGGAACCUCCCCAAAAUUCCCAACCAAAAAAAAUUUUGGGGGGAAUUUCCCCCGAAAUUCCUCCGGACUGGGAAAGGACCAAGAGGCUCCGGGAGCCCCAGAAUUCCCAAAAAAUUCCAAAAAAAUUCCCCAAAAUUUCAGCCCUGGGAACCCCAA